UUGCCCCGAGACACCUGCCAGGCUGUGAAUAAUUACACGCAGCAGUGAACUUGCCGUGUCAGGAUUCAAAGUUCACAUGAGGUGCUUGUUUUUGGUGGCUUAGUAGCUGCGUCACUGGUGGGUGUUUUGGGCUUGGAGAGGCGGAGAAAACAUCACACACCCCUUUUGCAGUUCUGGCAACUGAAAUUAGACCUGAGAGAAAAGAGAAGUCUCUCGCAGUGAGGGAAGUGGACACAAACAUGGAGGUCAGCCACACUUGGGAUGAUGAGCUCGUUUUCUUUGUUAACGGGAAGAAGGUGGUGGAGACAAACCCAGAUCCUGACAUGACAUUACUCACCUACCUGAGGACGAAAGUGGGCCUCCAGGGAACCAAGCUGGGUUGUGCUGAAGGAGGUUGUGGAGCGUGCACAGUAAUGUUGUCUAAAUAUCAAGAAGACACGCAACAGCUACUUCAUUAUGCCAUCAACGCCUGCCUGGCGCCCAUCUGUUCCUUGCACCUGGUUGCCGUGACCACAGUGGAAGGUAUUGGCAGUGUUGCUCGACAACUGCAUCCUGUGCAGGUACUUCUUCUUCUGUUGUGA